AGAUGCGGCUGAGCCGGCGCACUACCAUAGAGAGGGCUGUGCCUUUUUUUUUUUUUUAACGAUGGAAAUGUUGAGGAUAGAGCGACGCCAUCCUCUGGCCGAGGCGGGGCCGCCUCCGUUUUGCUGGCCUAUAGAGAUGCCAAGGGAUAGAACGGCGCUAAGCUGCUACCAUAGACUUACACAAAUAUAUAUUAUUGUAGACACGCAACAGUUUGUUGUAUCUUCGAACCGUUCAGACCUGGUUCUAUGGCAACAAGCAGGUCCGUCCAACAAAAUAUGCAAACAGACGACAUAGCGUGAGAGUAAACCGAGAUAAAGGCACAAUACAUUUUCAAACGGGGAAACAAAGCUGACUGCAGCUGCUGGGAGUAGUAAGAAUAUUUUAUUUGUGGAAUGGCACCAAGGAUUGCCUCCUAAAACACCCAGGGAAUAAAACCAAAACGCGAAGGACAUUACAUUAGGAGGCUUCAGGUGUUGAGGGCCGGUGUCAGGGACUCCCAGAAGAGCAGUUGUGUGAAUGCAUGCUCAGAUACCCAGGGAGACACCUUCACCUCGAGCCUCAGCGGUUUUACUGAGAGAACAACCCAGUUAAACUUCCCUGCACAGUACAAACCUACAACAGCGCUGCCAGGUAGAGGUAUGUCAACCAACUACAAGUUUCUAGAACAUAUACAGUGUUUUAUACAGAGUCACGUACACAAGAGCAGGGUUGAUGUUGACCAAAUAAUGGGUACAUCACGUAUUCAUAGUCAAAAGAUGUGAGAAAACUGCAGAGGGGACGUAGCACAAUAGCACAGUAAAUAUCAAUCAUUACAAGGAUGUUGGCAUGAAUGUCAGAAAGGCACAUGAAUCUUUACUGGUCUUGGGUGGGAGUGUGAACAGGUAGGCAACUCUGAUUACAACGAGACAAGAAUAACUGGUUGGAGCAGCUUUGAUGCUGCUAACAGAAGAAUGGCCAUAAGUAACUUCCCUUACUUAGCUGCAUCCCACAGAGGAUUAACUUUUGCAACUAAAUGUAGCCGCAGAGAAUCUCAGAGAAUCAGGGACAGAUAAUAAAGCUUCAAAGAAAAAAAUGCCUGGCUUGAAAUUCUGGUUCUUUCUGAGCAAGAGGAGCAGGGACACUGCAGGUUUCAUUUUAUAUCACAAGCAAGCAACCAUUCUCGAUAAAGAUUUUUUUGGAUUUCCCCAGCAUAAGCAAAGCUGGGCACUUGCCAUGGGCCCACACCCUUGCAAGGACCCACCGAAAAGAGCCUUCUGAAUUUAUUUUUUUCCCCACAACCACCAGCUUGCCUCACCUGCCCCUCACUGUGGCUAGCCGUUGUGCCAACACCUGCUUACUCACUGACUUUCUGAACAUCAAAAGAACAAGGUAAAAAUAUGGGCCAGAUCUCUUAUUUAUUCAUUCAUUCAUUCAUUCAGUUUAUAUGCCACCCCACUAGCCAUAGGCUCUCCGGGCGGCUUACAUCAUGUUGCAUCAUCUUGUGCUGCUGGUGGCCAUUUUUCAUUACUGCAUCCAUUUUAAUCCUAUGAAUCUGAAUGUAAGCUGCCUUUGCCUACAGCCAACAGCUAUUUCAAUCUGUACCCACACAAACACACAGCAUGAGAAAGAGGUUGUGGAUGAAGAGCAGUGGCUGGCAAUGGUGAGGAAAAGGCAGAGCCACUGAGAGAGCACCCACUGAGGGUGUCCUGCCCAAAGGCCCCCAGAAAACUGGAGACAGCACCAAGAGAAUUGCUAGAUUCAUGGACAAGAACACAAUGCUAAAUCUCAUAUGUCCUGAGCAAAAGCAGAUAGGGAGGAGAGGAAGCAGUGCAGAAACCAGAGAGAGACCAUCCACCUCUGGUCACCUCUGACUUCAGCCCCACCAACUGCUGGCAUGUGAGCCCUGACAGAUGCCCCCAAGACCAUGUUGCACACUGUUAUCAAUCCCCCCGUAAAAGACCAUUCAGAAUAAUCUUAUAAUACAUGCACAACAAGUAGGACCUCACUUGCAAAAUAAUUCCUGCAGUUUGGAGUGCUCCUGUUUAGGGUCCUAGUGAGUCAUGUCCUUCUCCAGGAUAAUCCCUUCUGUUCCAAACAGUUCCCCCCACCCGUUUUCCACCCUUCCUCUGCCCAAAUAGUCAGUCAACAUGCUAUGGCCGCUGAGCAUCUGCUUAAGAUACAUUACGGUUCAUGUGAGCCUUCCUUGUCCUCUCUUUCCUUCACAGACAAUACCCACCAGGAGAGUUCAGAGCCAGUGCCAAGGGCAGGCAUAGCUGGAACACCAACAACUUCAACGUUACCGUGUAUGUCUGCCAUGGACCCACACCACUGCAGAGGGGCCCUGAAAAAAAAAUUGUUCUCCUCUUCUCUAUUGCAACUUGCACGCUUCAGCUGCCCCUCCCUCUGGCCAGCACUGGUACUGAGCAGUACCUGGUGGUCCCCACUUCCUCAAUGACUCCCUGACCUUAAGAAAACAGCUGGUGAAAAUAUGGGCCUGACCUGUUAUUUUUGUGGUUGUGGGUUUUAGGAACAUUGGCUGUUCCGUUUCUGUACCAGUUUUAAUCCUAUGAAUCUGAUGGCAAGUUGCCUGGAUUCGAAGUCACCUUUGGCCUGAACGGCAGCCGACAUCUGUUUCAAAAUUUUACAAAGAUAACAAUGAAGAAGAGGUUGGUGAUCAGGAUCAGCUGCUAACAACAGUAAGGAAAUGGUGCUGCCACCGAGAGAGCACGCUCACUGAAAGUCCCUCAGAAAGCUGAGGAUGGCACUAAGAGAAUUGCUAAAUCCACACUAAAUCUUGUAUGUCCCAAACAGAAGCUCAUGUGGGUGUGACUUGGCUUAAUUUUUGUGUCUUUAUCACUGGGCAGCUUGCAUCCUCCUGGAACAGUUGGAGGGGGAUUCUGGACAAGGGUACUUUCUCCGUUUGGGUUCCCCCGAAGAUCUCCAGAGUUUCAAGCCUGGCAACUAUACAAGUGAACGGUUCAUCAGAACGGACUGAAUAUAAGACAUUGCCGCUAUGGCUUGUACCAUUUUGAGACUGUUAUGGAAGGCUCCAACCUUUGGCAUCCCGAGGACUCUCAGCUUAGCUUGUACCAGAUGCUUCUGCAAACAUCAGCCAACAGUCACCGCUCAGAAUUUUUCAGAUUACGAAUCCAUACAGGAACAGUACAAGCCUGAAGUGCCGGAGUACUUCAACUUUGCAAAAGAUGUGGUGGAUGUGUGGGCCGAGGAGGAAAAGGAAGGAAGGCGAUCUUCCCACCCAGCUCUGUGGUGGGUCAGUGACCAAGGGGACCAAGUGAAGUGGAGCUUUGAGGAGCUGGCUCUGGAAUCCCGGAAAGCUGCCAGAGUGCUUUCUGAUCAGUGUGGCCUACAGAAAGGAGACCGAGUGAUCGUGAUCUUGUCACGAGUACCGGAAUGGUGGCUCAUGAAUCUGGCAUGCAUCCGAACAGGAACGGUUCUCAUUCCUGGGACAAUACAGCUGACGGCAAAAGACAUUCUCCACCGGCUGCAGACCUCGCGCGCCAGAUGCAUCGUGACAGAAGAGGUGCUGGCCCCAGCCGUAGAUGCAGUGGCCUCCAAAUGCCCUUCUCUGGAAAGCAAACUCAUUGUGUCCAGGAAGCCCAGGGGAGGCUGGCUAUACUUCAACGACCUGUUGAAGCUUGCACCCGACGAGCACAGCUGCGUGGCCACAAAGAGUCUUGACCCAAUGGCCAUCUAUUUCACCAGUGGCACAACGGGUGCUCCUAAAAUGACUGAACACUCUCAUGCUAGCCACGGAAUUGGGCUCACAGUAAAUGGAAGGUACUGGCUCGAUUUGAGUCCCUCGGACACUAUUUGGAAUACUUCAGACACAGGCUGGGGGAAAUCCGCAUGGAGCAGUGUCUUUGCACCAUGGAUCCAGGGUGCGUGUGUGUUUGCACAUGGCAUGCCACGUUUUGAGCCAGAGCUUGUCCUUGAAGUUUUGUCCAAGUUUCCUAUAACAACAUUUUGUUCUCCUCCAACUGCAUAUCGGAUGCUAGUACAUCAGAAUUUAACCAGUCACAAAUUCCACAGCCUGAAGCACUGUGUGAGUGCAGGAGAACCCAUGAACCCCGAAGUGAUGGAAAAAUGGGAAGCACACACUGAGCUGGCUAUCCAUGAAGGCUAUGGGCAGACAGAAACGGUGCUGGUUUGUGGAACUUUCAAGGGGAUGAAAAUUAAGCCAGGCUCAAUGGGGAAACCUUCUCCAGCCUAUGACGUUCAGAUAAUAGACGAAGAUGGUAAUAUUUUGCCUCCUGGGAAAGAAGGGAACAUUGCCAUCCGAAUAAAACCUACAAGACCAUUUUGCCUUUUCACCCAAUACACGAAUGAUCCGGAAAGAACCGCUGCAACCAUUUGUGGGGACUUCUACAUCACUGGUGACAUAGGGAUGAAAGAUGAAGAUGACUACUUCUGGUUCAUAGGAAGAGCGGAUGAUGUCAUCAAUUCAGCUGGUUACCGCAUUGGGCCCUUUGAAGUGGAAAGUGCCUUGAUAGAACAUCCAGCAGUUGUAGAAUCAGCUGUUGUUAGCAGCCCAGAUCCCACGCGAGGAGAGGUUGUGAAAGCCUUUGUGGUGUUGGCACCUGACUAUGCUUCCCAUGAUCCAGAAGCACUGAUUAAAGAGCUGCAGGACCAUGUCAAAAAGGUCACUGCCCCGUACAAGUACCCUAGAAAGAUCCCCGAAGUUAACACCACCAAGAACUUGUGGGGAAUUGCAAGAGAAAGAUAGACAUGUAUUCAACCAUAAUACCAGUAUCUUUCUUCUAUCCUGUCAAGGGGAUAACUGAGGGACCAAAUCUAUUUGACACAACCUCUGUCAGCCCCCUAGUUAACUUUUCUUUAAAGAAAAAAAAUAGACACAAGGCCAGACAACCUGAUGGGCCAACAAGCACCAUGCUGGAGACCCAGUAUAAAUGAGAUGUAUGCCAGUUACGUGUGCAUCACCAUAGUCCCCUGUAAAGCAGUCAAAUACACGCCUGGAGAGCCUAAGAACCUGCAGAGAAUAUGCAGGGGUUCAAAUGCUGCAAGGAUGAUCAAGCACCAAGAGCAAGGUGUGAUGAAAAAGCUCAGAAAAUACAACACAUCUUGAAAACCUGUUCAUUUGGGUUUGAGUGGCAACCAGAGCUCAAUAUAGAUGCUACAGCAAAUUGAAGAUUAAAAAUGCAUUGGUGCACUGGGUGAACUGACACAUCACAGCUUGCUAUCUUCCAGAUUGGGAAACCCUGGCCGUGCAUAAGUUGAUAUCUGAGUGAUUUAUACUCCUUAGCUCCAUUUCUGGAGCAUUGAGUGGAUGGAAAAUAAAAGGAAACAAUCUGAACACACGGUUUGCCUGUAGACUUGGAAGCAGGAACAUGCCCUGUAUUCUCAACGAGUGCAAGCUAUGGUUUAGCCUGAUGACUGAACUGUGUACAAGCUAGGAAUGUCGCAAUGAAUACAGCAGAUGAACAGCCCCGACCAGAAGCCUGCCACAAGUAAAAGACAGCUUCAUGUGCUUUAUUUUAACUUCUUUCCUCCCUGUAUUACUCAAUAGAUCAGUGCUUUUGUUAGCUGUAAUUUCUGUUCUUGUCCAACAGAUGGAGUUUGUGCCACAUCUGCCAAAGACAAUCAGCGGGAAAAUCAGAAGAAAUGAAUUACGCAAGAAGGAGUGGGGGAAAGCUUAGAAUGAUCUGUUUACUUCCAGAGUUCUUGUUCUAAAAAAGGAAGCCUUAUAUUGGUUCCUUCUGUUGCAAUAUUACUGUGAUAAAGUACAUAUUUAAAAGUCCAA